AUGGCAUCCGCCGACGGCCAACCGCAGCAGCAGGAGUCACGGGCAAUCAAAAAAGAAUCACCUGCGGAAGGAGAAAGUCAAACGGCCGAUCAAAGGAGUUCUUCGCCCAACAUGCCCCUCUCGGAACGAGGUCAGCCUACGCCCAGCGUCAACGGCACCGACCAGGAAGUAGGCGAGGAUAGCCUCACGGGAAAUACAACCAACAUGCCUCCCAAGACUGCCGCUUCCAAAAAGAAGAAGGGUACCGCCGCCGCCAUCAAGGCUCCAAAACGUGCCCGUCCGGGUGCCGGCGCAAAGAAAGGCAGGGGUGGCGGGCCCAAGAAGGCCAGAAAGGAUGCUUCAGCCAAACAGAACGGCGGCGCUGACACGGCCGAUGGUGGGAACUCGAGCGAAUCCGACAACGGGCCCUACUGCCUCUGCCGCGGGCCCGAUGACCACCGCUUCAUGAUAGCCUGCGAUCGGUGCGAGGACUGGUUUCACGGAGAGUGCAUCGGUAUGGACAAGCACACCGGCGAGAGCCUGGUACAGAAGUACAUCUGUCCCAACUGCACUGACGGUGGCCGCUACUCCACCCGCUACAAGAAGAUGUGCUCGCUCUCCGACUGCGCCGAACCCGCGCGCAUCUACGACUCGACACACCCCAGCAUCUUCUGCUCGCCCGAGCAUUGCCAGGCCUGGUGGGAGCAGCUCAUCGCGACCCUCCCGCGGAGCAAAACCACCUCCGCCGCCGACCACCUCACCCAAGGCGAGUUCAUGGGCCUUCUCGACGCUCCCCACUCGCCGCCCUCGCUAGAAAACGGCGGAGACACAGACCUGCCCGCCCCCAGCCCCUGGCACCUCGGCAAGCACCCGUUCUCCACCCCGCCCAACUUCUGGGACCUCCCGGCGUCGUCGCGCGCCCUCACGCCCGAGGAGCAAACGCUGCUCACUACGUCCGCCACGGAGCGCUACCAGCUCGGCGAGGAGAUCGUCCUCUGCAAGAAGAUGCUGCAGCUGAUCGACCUGGCGCUGAAGCAGCGCGAGGCGGCCAUCGCGGCGGGCAAGGGCACGGCCAAGGACCUCUGCGGCUACGACACGCGCCUCGACACCGUCUCGGCCACCCACCAGUUCGCCCUGUUCCUGCAAACCCCCCAAGGCGAAGCCAUCUUCAAGACGGGCCGGUUGGACCCAGACCCCACCACCACUACCAUUACUACCACAAACGGCACCACAAACGGCACCACCACCACAAACGGCACCACCUCCCCCCCCAAACCCCAACCAGCAGCACCCCCACAACCACUCCCCUCCACACACAUAAACACCACCACCAUAGCAACCGACCCCGACUUCACCCAAAUGUGCGCCAAAAAGAAGUGCAAGCCCCACAACGGCUGGAGCGGCGUGCUGGCCAAGAGCGUGCGGCACGACAUGAAGGAGCUGGCGGCGCAGGCCAAGGAGAAGCUGGACGCGGAGCAGCGGGUGCGGGACGGCGCCGCGGGCCGGUUUAGGCGGCGCGUGGGGGAGGGGAAUUCCGUUGUGGUUGUUCUUGGGGGUGGUGUUGUUGGGGGUGGUGGUGGUGGGGAUUCUCAGUUUGAUUCCGGGGCUGGUGGUUUUCAAGCCAGGGACGAGCCGUUCGAAAUGGAAAGCAUCGAGCCCCUUCGUAACAACGUGACGUAA